GAUUUAUUAAUUAGAGUGGAGUACUACUCAUGCCACCUAAUUAGCUUAAAAUGAUAAUAUUAUUUUUAACUGUGUGUUUAGGGUUAGCCGGUGCGCAAAUUCUUCAAGAUGGCCAAUGUGAAGCCAUAGCUUUACAAAAUAACUUUGAAUUACACAAAUUUACAGGAAAUUGGCAUGGCCUGCGCGGCAACAGUAUUUUGCAAAAUGGAGAUUGUUCCUACAUAAAUAUUACACCGACUAGUUCUGGUAAUUACCAGUACACAGUUGAAGUUGGCUAUGUCGAAGCAAGCACCCGAAAAGAAAUCCGUGGCACAGCAGUGGCUGAGGGUUCGUCAGCAAGUUUAAACCUAACUCUCGAGGGUAAAAGUACUGACUUCAAUGUUAUAAAUACUGACUAUGAUAACUAUGCCCUAGUAUAUAGCUGUGAAAAUGUGGGAGACAAACAAAGAAACGUUUACAUCUGGGAGCUUGCCAGGGAGACAUCGUUUUCUGAUGAAACUUUUACCAGUCUUGUAGAGCAAACAAUUGCUUCUAAUUUUGGAUUAACGCCAAUGGAACUAUCCAUCACCAGUCAUUCCGAAGCUAUCUGUAACGUCGAAACACUCAAUGGGCCAGUCAUCAUACCUGGAACUUGUGAUCAAAAUGUUCCAUUUAUGGAAAAGCUUAAUUUAUCAAGAUUUUCUGGCGAAUGGCGUCUAAUUGCAUCAUACUAUAACGAAAGACAGUCUGGCGAAUGUAACCACGCUGUUUAUACCGUUCAAGAUACUCAUCUAGCCAUAGAGAAUAGACACGUUCUUAACCGAGAAUUACUUACCACCUCUGGAUCAGCUGUGUUCGCAUCAAAUGAAGAAAAUGGGAAGCUACGAGUUACUGUUGGCUCUAAUACACGUGACUAUUGGAUUCUUACUACUGAUUAUGAAUCAUAUGCACUAGCUUACAGCUGUGAAAACUUAGCUAAUAACCAGCGAAGAAUUAACAGUUGGAAACUAAGUCGCACAAAUGAGUUAACACCGAAAGCAGUCACCGAUAUUGAUACCGUUGUAAACCAAGUCGCUGUAUUGGACAAUAGCCGAUACAUAACCACUAAUCAAUCUAGCAGUGCGUGCUUCUAUUAUCCUGUCUUAAACCCAAAUGAGCCAGUAAUUCUUCCUGGGCAAUGUGACCUUGAAAUUCCAGCCGUUGGAAACUUUAACUUUACAAGAUUUGAAGGGGAAUGGCUGCUUUUAUCAUCUUACUACAACGCACGUCAAUCAGGAGAGUGUAAUAGGGCCAGAUACACAAACAGAGGAACUACCAUGGGCAUUGUCAAUAGCCACGUUACAGACAGACUCCGAAGUAUAAGUACUGGAACUGCAUCAACUACAGCUGAAAGUGGCAAACUUAUUGUGAAUGUUGGCACAAAUUCAGCAGCACCAUUCUGGAUUCUAGCCACUGACUAUGAGAAUCACGCGUUAGCAUACAGCUGUGAAAAUUUACCCAAUAAUCGGCAAAGAAUUUCCAGCUGGAAGCUCAGCCGUAGUGACACCUUCAGCGCACGAGAUAAUGAAAUUAUGAAUAAUGUUAUUAAUAGUGUUGAUGUACUGAACAACCGUUACUAUAAUGAUGUUGAUCAGUCUGAUAAGGCAUGCUUCCAUUAUCCAACAUUAUUAAAAGAUGAACCAGUAAUUUUGCCGGGACAAUGUGAAGUUAAUGUCCCAGUUAUUCCAUCCUUGAAUUUGACAAAAUUUUCGGGAGAAUGGCGUCUUGUUUCCUCAUACUACAAUGAACGUCAAUCUGGCGAAUGCAACCAUGCUAUUUAUAGCGUUCAACAGACUGGUCUUUCUUUACAAAAUAGACACGUUCUAAACCGACAGUUAUUUACGACCUCUGGAACGAUUGCUUUCGCUUCAACUGAUAGGAAUGGAAAGCUACGGGCCACCGUUGGUUCUAAUACACGUGAUUACUGGAUUUUGAACACUGAUUACGACAGCUACGCGUUAGCCUAUAGCUGUGAAAACUUGGAGAACAAUCAACAGAGAAUUUACAGUUGGAAACUAAGUCGGACUAAUUCAUUAACAGCAGAGGCUAAUGAAACUAUAAAUGAAAUAAUUGACACAGUAGAUGCUUUACAUGAAUCGUACUUUACAAAGGCAGAUCAAUCUGUCAGCGCCUGUUUCCAUUAUCCCGACAUCCAGGUCAACGAACCAGUAAUAUUCGAAGGACAGUGUAACCAAAACAUUCUUGUUACCAAUAACUUUAGUUUAGAGAGAUUUUCUGGCGAAUGGCGUCUAAUUGCAUCAUACUAUAACGAAAGACAGUCUGGCGAAUGUAACCACGCUGUUUAUACCGUUCAAGAUACUCAUCUAGCCAUAGAGAAUAGACACGUUCUUAACCGAGAAUUACUUACCACCUCUGGAUCAGCUGUGUUCGCAUCAAAUGAAGAAAAUGGGAAGCUACGAGUUACUGUUGGCUCUAAUACACGUGACUAUUGGAUUCUUACUACUGAUUAUGAAUCAUAUGCACUAGCUUACAGCUGUGAAAACUUAGCUAAUAACCAGCGAAGAAUUAACAGUUGGAAACUAAGUCGCACAAAUGAGUUAACACCGAAAGCAGUCACCGAUAUUGAUACCGUUGUAAACCAAGUCGCUGUAUUGGACAAUAGCCGAUACAUAACCACUAAUCAAUCUAGCAGUGCGUGCUUCUAUUAUCCUGUCUUAAACCCAAAUGAGCCAGUAAUUCUUCCUGGGCAAUGUGACCUUGAAAUUCCAGCCGUUGGAAACUUUAACUUUACAAGAUUUGAAGGGGAAUGGCUGCUUUUAUCAUCUUACUACAACGCACGUCAAUCAGGAGAGUGUAAUAGGGCCAGAUACACAAACAGAGGAACUACCAUGGGCAUUGUCAAUAGCCACGUUACAGACAGACUCCGAAGUAUAAGUACUGGAACUGCAUCAACUACAGCUGAAAGUGGCAAACUUAUUGUGAAUGUUGGCACAAAUUCAGCAGCACCAUUCUGGAUUCUAGCCACUGACUAUGAGAAUCACGCGUUAGCAUACAGCUGUGAAAAUUUACCCAAUAAUCGGCAAAGAAUUUCCAGCUGGAAGCUCAGCCGUAGUGACACCUUCAGCGCACGAGAUAAUGAAAUUAUGAAUAAUGUUAUUAAUAGUGUUGAUGUACUGAACAACCGUUACUAUAAUGAUGUUGAUCAGUCUGAUAAGGCAUGCUUCCAUUAUCCAACAUUAUUAAAAGAUGAACCAGUAAUUUUGCCGGGACAAUGUGAAGUUAAUGUCCCAGUUAUUCCAUCCUUGAAUUUGACAAAAUUUUCGGGAGAAUGGCGUCUUGUUUCCUCAUACUACAAUGAACGUCAAUCUGGCGAAUGCAACCAUGCUAUUUAUAGCGUUCAACAGACUGGUCUUUCUUUACAAAAUAGACACGUUCUAAACCGACAGUUAUUUACGACCUCUGGAACGAUUGCUUUCGCUUCAACUGAUAGGAAUGGAAAGCUACGGGCCACCGUUGGUUCUAAUACACGUGAUUACUGGAUUUUGAACACUGAUUACGACAGCUACGCGUUAGCCUAUAGCUGUGAAAACUUGGAGAACAAUCAACAGAGAAUUUACAGUUGGAAACUAAGUCGGACUAAUUCAUUAACAGCAGAGGCUAAUGAAACUAUAAAUGAAAUAAUUGACACAGUAGAUGCUUUACAUGAAUCGUACUUUACAAAGGCAGAUCAAUCUGUCAGCGCCUGUUUCCAUUAUCCCGACAUCCAGGUCAACGAACCAGUAAUAUUCGAAGGACAGUGUAACCAAAACAUUCUUGUUACCAAUAACUUUAGUUUAGAGAGAUUUUCUGGCGAAUGGCGUCUAAUUGCAUCAUACUAUAACGAAAGACAGUCUGGCGAAUGUAACCACGCUGUUUAUACCGUUCAAGAUACUCAUCUAGCCAUAGAGAAUAGACACGUUCUUAACCGAGAAUUACUUACCACCUCUGGAUCAGCUGUGUUCGCAUCAAAUGAAGAAAAUGGGAAGCUACGAGUUACUGUUGGCUCUAAUACACGUGACUAUUGGAUUCUUACUACUGAUUAUGAAUCAUAUGCACUAGCUUACAGCUGUGAAAACUUAGCUAAUAACCAGCGAAGAAUUAACAGUUGGAAACUAAGUCGCACAAAUGAGUUAACACCGAAAGCAGUCACCGAUAUUGAUACCGUUGUAAACCAAGUCGCUGUAUUGGACAAUAACCGAUACAUAGCCACUAAUCAAUCUAGCAGUGCGUGCUUCUAUUAUCCUGUCUUAAACCCAAAUGAGCCAGUAAUUCUUCCUGGGCAAUGUGACCUUGAAAUUCCAGCCGUUGGAAACUUUAACUUUACAAGAUUUGAAGGGGAAUGGCUGCUUUUAUCAUCUUACUACAACGCACGUCAAUCAGGAGAGUGUAAUAGGGCCAGAUACACAAACAGAGGAACUACCAUGGGCAUUGUCAAUAGCCACGUUACAGACAGACUCCGAAGUAUAAGUACUGGAACUGCAUCAACUACAGCUGAAAGUGGCAAACUUAUUGUGAAUGUUGGCACAAAUUCAGCAGCACCAUUCUGGAUUCUAGCCACUGACUAUGAGAAUCACGCGUUAGCAUACAGCUGUGAAAAUUUACCCAAUAAUCGGCAAAGAAUUUCCAGCUGGAAGCUCGGCCGUAGUGACACCUUCAGCGCACGAGAUAAUGAAAUUAUGAAUAAUGUUAUUAAUAGUGUUGAUGUACUGAACAACCGUUACUAUAAUGAUGUUGAUCAGUCUGAUAAGGCAUGCUUCCAUUAUCCAACAUUAUUAAAAGAUGAACCAGUAAUUUUGCCGGGACAAUGUGAAGUUAAUGUCCCAGUUAUUCCAUCCUUGAAUUUGACAAAAUUUUCGGGAGAAUGGCGUCUUGUUUCCUCAUACUACAAUGAACGUCAAUCUGGCGAAUGCAACCAUGCUAUUUAUAGCGUUCAACAGACUGGUCUUUCUUUACAAAAUAGACACGUUCUAAACCGACAGUUAUUUACGACCUCUGGAACGAUUGCUUUCGCUUCAACUGAUAGGAAUGGAAAGCUACGGGCCACCGUUGGUUCUAAUACACGUGAUUACUGGAUUUUGAACACUGAUUACGACAGCUACGCGUUAGCCUAUAGCUGUGAAAACUUGGAGAACAAUCAACAGAGAAUUUACAGUUGGAAACUAAGUCGGACUAAUUCAUUAACAGCAGAGGCUAAUGAAACUAUAAAUGAAAUAAUUGACACAGUAGAUGCUUUACAUGAAUCGUACUUUACAAAGGCAGAUCAAUCUGUCAGCGCCUGUUUCCAUUAUCCCGACAUCCAGGUCAACGAACCAGUAAUAUUCGAAGGACAGUGUAACCAAAACAUUCUUGUUACCAAUAACUUUAGUUUAGAGAGAUUUUCUGGCGAAUGGCGUCUAAUUGCAUCAUACUAUAACGAAAGACAGUCUGGCGAAUGUAACCACGCUGUUUAUACCGUUCAAGAUACUCAUCUAGCCAUAGAGAAUAGACACGUUCUUAACCGAGAAUUACUUACCACCUCUGGAUCAGCUGUGUUCGCAUCAAAUGAAGAAAAUGGGAAGCUACGAGUUACUGUUGGCUCUAAUACACGUGACUAUUGGAUUCUUACUACUGAUUAUGAAUCAUAUGCACUAGCUUACAGCUGUGAAAACUUAGCUAAUAACCAGCGAAGAAUUAACAGUUGGAAACUAAGUCGCACAAAUGAGUUAACACCGAAAGCAGUCACCGAUAUUGAUACCGUUGUAAACCAAGUCGCUGUAUUGGACAAUAACCGAUACAUAGCCACUAAUCAAUCUAGCAGUGCGUGCUUCUAUUAUCCUGUCUUAAACCCAAAUGAGCCAGUAAUUCUUCCUGGGCAAUGUGACCUUGAAAUUCCAGCCGUUGGAAACUUUAACUUUACAAGAUUUGAAGGGGAAUGGCUGCUUUUAUCAUCUUACUACAACGCACGUCAAUCAGGAGAGUGUAAUAGGGCCAGAUACACAAACAGAGGAACUACCAUGGGCAUUGUCAAUAGCCACGUUACAGACAGACUCCGAAGUAUAAGUACUGGAACUGCAUCAACUACAGCUGAAAGUGGCAAACUUAUUGUGAAUGUUGGCACAAAUUCAGCAGCACCAUUCUGGAUUCUAGCCACUGACUAUGAGAAUCACGCGUUAGCAUACAGCUGUGAAAAUUUACCCAAUAAUCGGCAAAGAAUUUCCAGCUGGAAGCUCGGCCGUAGUGACACCUUCAGCGCACGAGAUAAUGAAAUUAUGAAUAAUGUUAUUAAUAGUGUUGAUGUACUGAACAACCGUUACUAUAAUGAUGUUGAUCAGUCUGAUAAGGCAUGCUUCCAUUAUCCAACAUUAUUAAAAGAUGAACCAGUAAUUUUGCCGGGACAAUGUGAAGUUAAUGUCCCAGUUAUUCCAUCCUUGAAUUUGACAAAAUUUUCGGGAGAAUGGCGUCUUGUUUCCUCAUACUACAAUGAACGUCAAUCUGGCGAAUGCAACCAUGCUAUUUAUAGCGUUCAACAGACUGGUCUUUCUUUACAAAAUAGACACGUUCUAAACCGACAGUUAUUUACGACCUCUGGAACGAUUGCUUUCGCUUCAACUGAUAGGAAUGGAAAGCUACGGGCCACCGUUGGUUCUAAUACACGUGAUUACUGGAUUUUGAACACUGAUUACGACAGCUACGCGUUAGCCUAUAGCUGUGAAAACUUGGAGAACAAUCAACAGAGAAUUUACAGUUGGAAACUAAGUCGGACUAAUUCAUUAACAGCAGAGGCUAAUGAAACUAUAAAUGAAAUAAUUGACACAGUAGAUGCUUUACAUGAAUCGUACUUUACAAAGGCAGAUCAAUCUGUCAGCGCCUGUUUCCAUUAUCCCGACAUCCAGGUCAACGAACCAGUAAUAUUCGAAGGACAGUGUAACCAAAACAUUCUUGUUACCAAUAACUUUAGUUUAGAGAGAUUUUCUGGAGAAUGGCGCUUAAUUGAAACAUAUUACAACGAACGCCAAAGAGGAGUUUGUAAUAAAGCAAACUAUGCUGUACAAGGAGAUACUCUUAAUAUUAUAAAUAGUCAUGUUGUCGGAGAUAGCUUAUUGACUGUAGCUGGAACGGGCAGAUUCGCUUCCCAAACAGUUAGAGAUGCAAAGUUGUUGGUAACAGUUGGAACCAGGUCAAGUGACUUCUGGAUCCUUGACACCGACUAUGAUUCUUAUGCGCUAGCAUAUAGUUGUCAGAACUUAGACAGCAAUGAAUACAGGGUGUUCAGUUGGAAAUUGAGCCGCAACGAUUCAUUGAGCGCAGAUGCAAUCGAAAGAAUCAACAGAGUUUAUGAUCGCGUACCUGAAUUGAAUGAUCGCUUCUUCUCUGAUGUUGAUCAAUCUGUCGCUGCUUGCUUCUAUAUGCCAGAAAUAGAUGAAUCGAAACCUGUCGUCUUUAAAGGACAAUGUGACCAAACUAUACAAGUAAUUAGGGACUUUGAUGCAAAUAGGUAUAUGGGUCAAUGGUAUGACAUUGAGUCAUAUCCUUCAAGCUUCCAAUACGGGACAUGUAACUCAGCCUUCUAUACGCGUCAGGGUAAUUUUGUGGACGUUGUAAACACUCAAGUCGUCAACGGAACCAUAUCAGUUAGACAGGGAGUUGGAAGUUUUGUUGAAAAUGAACGGACUUCUAAACUCAGUUUGAACUUUGGAUCAACUCCCAGGGAUUACUGGGUAUUAUCUACUGACUACAGCACAUACGCUCUCGUCUACAGUUGUUUAAAUAUUGAUGAACAAAACAUGCAAGUUGGUGCCUGGAAAUUAAGUAAAACACGACAAUUGACACAAAGUGCCCAAACAACUAUAAACAAUAGAAUGGACAAUAUCAGAGUUCUUGACUCCCGGUACUUUAUUGAAAGAGACCAUACUAGUGCUGGGUGUACCUUCAACAAUGAAAUACAACAAGGGGAUCCAGUAUAUCUUCAGGGAACUUGUCCGACGAAUGUAUCACCUGUGGCUAAUUUUAAUAUGACACAAUUUGUGGGUACAUGGUACGAAGUUGAAAUAUAUCCCACAGAACUAUGGGGUGGACAGUGUUCCUUACAACAGUUUUUCACAGCGGGCGCCGAUAGCUUAAGUUUUACGUCAAGGGGUGUUAAUAAUCAAGAAUUAGUUGAAAUUUCUGGUACAGCUUCUAGAGUUUCCGGAAGCGAAAACGGGCAGUUAACAAUCACACUUGAAACCGAUACUGGAACUGUAAGUGUUCCUUUCACGGUUCUGUCUGUGGAAUAUCAAGACUAUGCUUUAGCUUAUGGAUGUGUUCAAUUAACUAAUAAUCUUCGAAGAGUUUACAGCUGGAAACUUAGUAGAUCAAGAACACUAUCCAGUAACGCUAAUACAGGAAUUAACGCUAUUGUCUUAGCAAAUGAUUUAGUUAAUAGGUACUACGUAAAAGUUGACCACUCUAAUGCUGGGUGCUUCUUUUUACCUGAUACACCACUUGGUCAACCGGUCAUAUUGCCUGGUCAAUGUGAUCCAAAUAUUCACGUCGUAGAUAACUUUACUAUAGAUGGGUUCCUUGGAAGAUGGCGUCUCAUAUCUUCUUAUUACACACAUCGUCAAUCUGGAGAAUGCAACCAAUUAGACUACUCCAGAGAAGGUACCACGAUAAGAGUUAGGAACAUGCAUAUUAUAGACAGUGAGUUAAGAACCGUGUCCGGUUCUGCUACCGUAUCUGCUGAUGGAACUGGGAAACUCCGAGUUUCUGUAUCCACUCGAACUGUUGAUUUUUGGAUCCUAGCAACUGAUUAUGAAAAUUAUGCUUUGGCCUACAGUUGCAGUAAUGUGAACGCAGAUCAAAUGAGGGUUUAUAGCUGGAAGCUUAGUCGUACUACAACCUUAGGAGACACAGCUGAAGCCGCAAUUAACAAUGUUGUGGAUCAAAUAAAUGUUUUAAAUGAACGCUUUUACGCCACUACUGAUAAUUCUGGAGACGCCUGCUUCUAUUACCCUCCAGUAGAUUCCAGUCGACCUGUUGUCUUUGAUGGGCAAUGUGACCCAAACAUUUCAGUAGUUAGAAAUUUCCAGUCCAAUUUGUUCUUAGGAGAAUGGUACGAUAUCGAAUCUUACCCAUCUACUUUCCAAUAUGGUACAUGCAACACUGCUAGAUACAGCGCAAAUGGAAAUAAUAUAUUAGUGAACAAUACUCAAAUAAUCGACGGUGUUGUAUCAGUAAGGGUAGCGGAUGGAGUGUUCUCGGAAGGCAAUAACGUUGGAAAACUUAAGGUUAACUUUGGCUCAGCUGACAGAGACUAUUGGAUUCUCGUAACCGAUUACAACUCCUACGCCCUAGUUUACAGUUGCCUUAACUUGGAUGACAAGACAAAACAAGUGGGAACAUGGAAGCUGAGUAGAAAUCGCCAAUUAUCUGAAACUGCACUCAGCGUUAUAAAUUCCACUAUGUCAACGAUAAGAGAACUUGAUCAGCGGUUCUUUAUAAAAAGAAAUCACACAGAAGCUGGCUGUUUCUACCAUCGCGAUCAAUCACAGACUUCAGUUAUUUUUAGUGGACGAUGUGAUACAACGAUUUCCGCCGUUCCUAACUUUAAUCUUACAGCGUUCCAAGGAGUAUGGCAUGAGAUUCAAGCAUACCCCAGUGAAAUGAUGACAGGUGAAUGUUUAUCGCAAGAAUAUAGCCAAGGCUCGGGAUCAGCACUCAACGUGGUACAAAGAAACGUUCGACAUGAAACACUGUUUGAGAGGACUGGUGUAGUGACACAGACUUCUAAUGAUAACAGCGGAAAGCUAUUGAUAACGGUUCAGGGUGGUCUUGGAGCUACUAUUCCAUUCUGGGUUCUUAGCACAGACUACACCGAUUACGCUUUAGCUUAUGGUUGUGUUGACUUAAUUAAUAAUGAAAGACAAGUCUAUAGUUGGAAGUUAAGUAGACACCAACAGUUGUCUGCGGCUGCCAAUAUCCAAAUAGAGAAUGUUAAAGCCAGUAUCCCUGUCCUGGAUAGCAAGUAUUACAAAAACAUUAACCAGUCCAACGCAGCCUGCUUCCAUCUCCCUGACUUCACACCUGGGGAAUCUGUGAUCUUACCAGGGCAAUGCGAUGCUAAUAUUCCCGUUGAGAGGAACUUCGAUGCGCAAAGAUUCUUAGGAGAAUGGUACGAUAUCGAAUCUUACCCAUCUACUUUCCAAUAUGGUACAUGCAACACUGCUAGAUACAGCGCAAAUGGAAAUAAUAUAUUAGUGAACAAUACUCAAAUAAUCGACGGUGUUGUAUCAGUAAGGGUAGCGGAUGGAGUGUUCUCGGAAGGCAAUAACGUUGGAAAACUUAAGGUUAACUUUGGCUCAGCUGACAGAGACUAUUGGAUUCUCGUAACCGAUUACAACUCCUACGCCCUAGUUUACAGUUGCCUUAACUUGGAUGACAAGACAAAACAAGUGGGAACAUGGAAGCUGAGUAGAAAUCGCCAAUUAUCUGAAACUGCACUCAGCGUUAUAAAUUCCACUAUGUCAACGAUAAGAGAACUUGAUCAGCGGUUCUUUAUAAAAAGAAAUCACACAGAAGCUGGCUGUUUCUACCAUCGCGAUCAAUCACAGACUUCAGUUAUUUUUAGUGGACGAUGUGAUACAACGAUUUCCGCCGUUCCUAACUUUAAUCUUACAGCGUUCCAAGGAGUAUGGCAUGAGAUUCAAGCAUACCCCAGUGAAAUGAUGACAGGUGAAUGUUUAUCGCAAGAAUAUAGCCAAGGCUCGGGAUCAGCACUCAACGUGGUACAAAGAAACGUUCGACAUGAAACACUGUUUGAGAGGACUGGUGUAGUGACACAGACUUCUAAUGAUAACAGCGGAAAGCUAUUGAUAACGGUUCAGGGUGGUCUUGGAGCUACUAUUCCAUUCUGGGUUCUUAGCACAGACUACACCGAUUACGCUUUAGCUUAUGGUUGUGUUGACUUAAUUAAUAAUGAAAGACAAGUCUAUAGUUGGAAGUUAAGUAGACACCAACAGUUGUCUGCGGCUGCCAAUAUCCAAAUAGAGAAUGUUAAAGCCAGUAUCCCUGUCCUGGAUAGCAAGUAUUACAAAAACAUUAACCAGUCCAACGCAGCCUGCUUCCAUCUCCCUGACUUCACACCUGGGGAAUCUGUGAUCUUACCAGGGCAAUGCGAUGCUAAUAUUCCCGUUGAGAGGAACUUCGAUGCGCAAAGAUACUCUGGCGUGUGGUACCAAAUAGAAAAAUACUUCCAACGCUUCGAAACUGGUGGUAACUGCACUGGUGCGAGGUACACACUGGAUUCGGACACUGGAGUUGUCACAGUACUAAACUGGCAAGUGGUCAAUGGUAUUAUGGACACCAUUGAAGGUACCGCUACAGUCAACUCCACUGAUGGUAGUGCAAAACUAAGAGUCCGCCUGCCGAUUCGCAGCUCAGAUCCAAACAACCCAGAGUUCAGAGAAACCAACCUCUAUGUACUGAACACAGAUUACACUUCAUAUUCUCUAGCAUACUCCUGUGUAAAUCUAGAAGGCAAUCGACGACAAGUCAGUGCAUGGAAACUGAGUCGUGCUCGUACAAUGUCGGAUGCCGGUAAUGCCGCGAUAAACGCCUACAUGGCGAAUAGGCAAGAGUUGCAGAACUCAUACUUCGUAGCCGUCGAUCAAAGCGACUCCUGUCCAGAACCUAGCUCGGCAACAUUAGUUAAGAACAGUAUUAUAAUGAUAGCUAUGUUGUGUAUUUCACUUGUGUACAUGUCUUAGACUAGCAAUUUUCUGGCCCUGAAUGUUUUCGCUCUCAACUUCUUUAAACUUCAGAGCGCGUUCCUCAAACAGGUCCUUGAGUAAAUAGACUAAUUCAACACUAAAAUGACUAAUAAAUGCGGAUUUAUUUAACAAAAUUCAAAUUUUAUUAAAGCUAAAUGUAAAUUAUAUUAUCUUACGAUUGUAAACUAUUGAAAGAUUACAAAUAAUCUAAUCUUAGUGUAAAGUUCGACAAUCGGACUAUAUAAAUUUGACAUUGAGUCAUAGAAAGUACUUCACCUGAGUGAAAAUAUCUGACUAUAUUAAAAAGACGAAUAAAUAAUGCUUAUAAGUUGAUGUAAUUUUGAGUCAAAUAUUGUAAUAAAUCUCUAAACUUUUGUAUUUAUUUGUAAACUUA